UGCUCUGUUAUAAAUAAAGAAGAAAAUAAAAUAAAUCUUGGAAAAUAAAAUCUUCUCUUUUGGAUCUUUCGGCUUAUAGUUAAUUAAAAAGGAGAUGAUUCUCUGAUAGACUUCUCCGUUUGUUUCCUGAGGAAAUCUUGGGAAGGGAAAAUCUGUUCUUUUUAAUUCUUUUGUUAACUCGUUGUGAUUCUGUUAGCUUGCUUUUGGAGAAUCCUAGUUAACUCGCCGCGUUUACUCAGAAAGCGGUGAGGAUGUCGACUCCAGCAAGGAAAAGACUGAUGAGGGAUUUUAAGAGGUUGCAACAAGAUCCUCCUGCAGGAAUUAGUGGUGCUCCUCAAGAUAACAAUAUUAUGCUCUGGAAUGCUGUUAUAUUUGGGCCUGAUGACACCCCAUGGGAUGGAGGUACGUUUAAACUGACUCUUCAGUUUACGGAGGAUUAUCCGAACAAGCCACCAACGGUUCGUUUUGUUUCUCGAAUGUUCCAUCCAAACAUUUAUGCAGAUGGAAGCAUCUGCUUGGACAUUCUACAAAAUCAGUGGAGUCCAAUUUAUGAUGUAGCGGCAAUACUGACAUCUAUUCAGUCAUUGCUCUGUGAUCCGAAUCCAAAUUCUCCUGCAAAUUCAGAAGCUGCUAGGAUGUUUAGUGAGAACAAGCGUGAAUACAAUAGGAGAGUCCGUGAGAUUGUCGAGCAGAGUUGGACUGCUGAUUAAUACCUCAUGGUUUGGUUCUAUGGAACGUCAAAAAAAAUAGUCCAAUGGCCUGUCUAAAUAACAUUGACACUGAAAAUGUGUUGCAAACUAUUUUGACUUAGAUGUGGUGUUUGUUUUCUGUGGAUGGAUGGUGCUCCCUUAAUUGAAAUGAUUGUUUUACCUUCUUGUGCUUCA